GUCGUCAUCGUCAGAGCAACACAUGAAAGAUCGCCGACUGGUCGUAUCGAGUAUUACAUUGUCGCGCAGUCAACGAGUGUGCAUUGCGCUAACGGUUACUUCCAUCGAUCGGUAACGUUCAGUGACGUAGCUACAUUCUCCAUUCAACAUGCACGUAGCAGAUCCAAUGCUUAGCAAGAUCAAUUGGCGAAUCGCGAUAGUGUGCAUAGCCGGUUUAACAUUAUCAAUAUACUCCUUCACUGUAGAACUCGCAAAGGAACGGGAUCCGUUUUACACGGCGUUUUGCGACAUCACAAAGACUAUCAGCUGCACCGAUGUGUUGACAUCUGAAUACAGCAAAGGAUUCGGAAUCUUCCCAAAGAGUUCUUUCUUUCAAUUGCACAAGGUCCCAAAUGUCAUAUUUGGCAUAAUAUUUUUCUCUAUGAUGUUAAUUGUGGCUCUAAAGAAUACCUACGCCUAUUCCAUCACUGCUCUUACCUUUGGAAUAAUGUCUCUCUUUAUGUCGAUGUACUUAGCUUUUAUAUUAUAUAAAUUGGAAAAGAUUUGCAUAUUGUGCGUAAGUACGUACAUUAUAUGUAUGUCGCUGACGUAUUAUUGCCUGCAGAAGUUCCGAAUUAUAUCCAGCAGCGUUGCGCAUCAGCGAAAAACACAAUGAAUUCGAAAGAAAUUCAAUUUGGAGGGAAAUUCGAUUGUGACUUUUUUGAUCGAUUGAAAUAAAUUUUCAGAUCAUUUUUACUGUUUUAUAUUUUUGUGUUCGCGACAAAUACUUUGCGGUAUUAUCCCAGUAAGCAAGAAACAUUAAAUAAACUUCCUAAAACGUU